GUGUUUGCGUGUGUUUGGCAGUUUUAGCCUGACAGCUAAUCAUUUCACCCCCCGAUCCGCGACUCGCGAGCUAACGACACGCGAGCUCAACGCAUGUGCGCGACCGUGUGUGUCUACAGCCCUUAACGUGUGUGUGUGUGCGCGCGCGCCCGUGUGUUCGCGUCCACGUCGUGCGCGAGUUUCGUCCCUACCGUUCCCUUCUUUCCUGUUAGCUAGCACGCUAAUCUUAUCAAGCUGCUACUUGGCUAAUAUUGGCUAAUCAAAGAAAUUAGCCUCGGUGGGCGAGGCACCGUCCCGACGUUACACUCGCGGUCUGCUCCGCUAAAACGCCACAGCAGCGUUUAUGUGUUUGUCCGAGGCAACGCAGGCCAAUUCAUUGUGUGCUACGAAUUGUGUAAUUAGUUAAGCUAAUGUUUCCUAGCAGGCAGAAAGCUGGCUAAUUUGCUCGGCUAUUAGCUUAGCAGCUAGAAGCUCGCUCGCUAAUUGACCCAGUUCGGUGGGGCAGAGACGUUCCACUCCACCGAGCUUUGUUUACACCACAACUUCACUUUCAGCCCGCUACUUUGUGCGCGUAUUUAGCAGCGUCACUCUUAAAACGGCAACAAAACGCGUCGUUUUAAUUAUUCAUCAAAGCAUCCACUUGAGUUAAACCCGGCUACAUCGCGGUAAAUCACUAAACACUAAUGUGCUGGAAUGCAGAGGCAAAGCGCUCCUUGACCUGUUUAUAAAGUUAUAGCUCAAACCACUUAACCCUUAGUCGACGUCCACUUUAUUUUAAAUGUCAGAGACAAAUUUAAUCUUGUGCUUUUCUUCUCGUCAGAAAACAAACAACCAGACUUGGUUUAAGUUGGACUCUAACAAAUAAACAUGCAUCCAACUUUUAGUAGUCCUGCUAAAACUAGGCAUUAGGCUCAUUAACAGGGCGUUGAUCCAUUGGCAUCGUAUGUUUUGCUUGUAAUAUGUUUGUUUUUGUUCCCUGAAGUGACCUGAUUUUGAAGUGGACGCGUCUCAUGAUUCACACAAGGCAGUUGAAAAUAAGGCAGCCGUUAUUCAGUGCAACAACAUUACAUCAGUUUAACCACAAUGCUAAAAACAGUACAGAGCUCCGCUGUGGGUUCUGGGCAUUGAAGCCGCUACUGGUGUCGACGGCGAGGCCGAAUCGUUUGUGAUGCUGGAUCUUUAGCACAAUCAAAGUGAAUCUGUCUUUCCCCGCUCCGAUCCAGGGUUGUAACGAUGGAGUCCCUAAUGAGCGCGGUGGCACCGCGGUCCCCAGCCCCUGCCAAGAAGCUGUCGGAGGUGGACUUCCGGUCAGGAGCCACCCUGGAGCAGCUGUCGGCGCAGGUGUCCGAGCUGGUGUUGCUGGAGCAGGGCGAGUUUGGCGAUCAAACGGCCUUGGAGGUCCACACAGCCAAAGACUUUAUCUUCAACAUGCUUGGCUUAGUCCAAAAAGUGGACCAGCGCCUCCCAGUGGCCAACGAGUACCUUCUGCUGUCCGGUGGAGCUCGCGAGGGCGUCUUGGACCUCAACCCUGAGGAUCUCGGGGACUAUGCCAGAGGGGCAGACUUCGACCUUGAUUUCACCCUACUGGUUCCUGCGCUGAAACUCCAUGAUCGCAACCAGCCAGUCACCCUGGACAUGAGACACUCCCCGCCCUGUCACUCGUGGCUCAGCCUCCGCCUCUGUGACUCCAACAUACUGUCCCGCUGGAGCAUUUGCUGCCAGGAAGAGAAUGGACGCCCCAUUGAGGAGGAUGAGGAGGAAGAAGUGGAAAUGGGUAAAGGCUCCAUCCCCUCCCUGGACUCUCCUCAGUCUCUGGAUGGGUGCUACUUUUCUCCCACCCUUGUGACAGACUGGUUCUGGAGUGUGGUGAGUGAGGCUGUUGAGGAGUUGAGGCGCAGCCCCCAGAGAGGCAUCCCCACCCCAGACAGACUUGAGAGAAAUGGACCCCUCGCUACCAUCAUCCUCCAGGCAGGCUCCAGCCGGGUGUUGUAUGACCUGCUGCCAGUGGUGUCGUUUCGAGGCUGGCCUGCUGUGGCCCAAGGCUGGCUGACUGCCAACCACUUUUGGGAUGGUAAAAUCACAGAGGAGGAGGCUAUAUCUGGCUUUUAUCUGUUGCCCUGCUGCUCUCCGCUGGGUGGCCGACCUGACAGAGAGUGGAGGCUGGCCUUCUCCCGUAGCGAGGUCCAGUUGAAGAAAUGCAUCCCCUUCCCCAUGGCCCAGGCUUUUCAGGCAGCCAAGGCGGUGCUGUCUCGCAUCUUGGCCCGUCCUCGCACAGGGCUCAGCCUCUACCACCUGCGCACUCUUCUUUUCUGGGCCUGCGAUCGCCUUCCUACUGCCUACCUGUCUUGCACUGAUGCCGACACCCCUGGUCGCCUCCUGCUAGGUCUCCUAGACGACCUGGCUCACUGCAUCCUAAGUAAAAACUGCCCAAAUUACUUUUUGCCUCAGUGCAACAUGUUGGAGCACCUGACAGACAGCCAGGCACUGCUCGUGGCCAGAAAACUAGCUCACGUGCGCUCAGAUCCCAGCGAGCACCUCCGUGCCGCUCUGGAUCAAGCCCAGCAGGCAGGCCAGCUGAAGAAGGAACUAACCGCAAGUACCAAUGGCCACGGCUCCCCCAGACACCACCCCACCAAUGGCAUCAUCUCGCCCUCGGACGACAAGCUGGCUCAGCGAUUGCAACAGCUGGUCACGGAGAACCCCGGGAAAUCCAUAUCCGUCUUCCUCAACCCCGAUGAUGUCACCAGGCCACACUUCCGCAUCGAUGACAAGUUCUACUGAUAAAGACCUGCUGCGGAAAAGAUGUGGAAAAGUGUGUGUGUGUGUGUUCAACUUACAAACACACUACUCUAAUGCUCUGAGAAAUGACAUCAGAGGGAGCGAGAGUCAGGCAGGUGUUUGCUUUCUCUAGAAGAUUGAAACUGAACUCGCACCUGUCCAACAUCCUAAGGCUGAACAAUGCACCAAAGCCUUGCUGCUUAACUUUAAACCAAAAACACACAUGUCCUACUACUGACAAAUGGCGUCCAUUUGAACAGGCGUCAUACAACAGGCGUGAUGUCACCGAGCUGUUGCCACGGAGAUGGCCCUCUCCUAACGAGCUGGCCUUAACAAGACUUUAGUCAUGCGACAUCCGUUGAGUGGCGCUAAACGGCGUGUUUGUGUGUCUUUGUGUGUCUGUGUGUCCACGUCCAGGGUUUCAACUUCUUUUAACAGUUCUAGAGACGGAUGGGGAAAAGCUUUUUGAUUGCUGCGUUUCUCCCCUUUGUAUUUGAGAUCAGUGGGGUAUGGCUGAACCCUAGGUGUGGCUGAUGUAACUGAAUGUAAUGUUGUGAGGAGAACUGCCGAGUCUUUGAACAAAGAGUCUCUUCUCUUUCAACUACAGUUUAGCCCUGUUUUUUUACCCUAAUGCCUCAAUUCACACCAUCUUUUUCACUUUAAUUUUUAAUCUUUCUCAGGUAUUUUAAGGUACUCGACUCCCUUCUAAGGUCUUUAACUACAUUUCAUGCCUCUUACAUUUCACUGGAUGAUGGAAUGUACCAAAGAGCAGCAUCAUUUUUUAGAAGGAAACAUGCCCUAUAUAGUUCUAAACAUCUCAUUUGAUGACUCAUAUGAGUCAUAGUCAG